UCUAAUUCCAACCUCAAUUACACACUAUACAUGAACCUCAUUUUUUAUCUUCAAUUUUUUACAAUUACGCUUAUUCAUUACCAAAAAAUAUAAUACCCUCUUGUUUUUUAGAACCCACUCUCCCCCCUAUUCAUAUUUUUUCUUGCUUCUCUUCGUAUAUAUAUUUUUUUGGUGACGCAUUUCAACCAACACCCCCAGUUUUUUUAUAAAGAGUGGAAGGGUCAGCCUUUUUCUCAACAAUUAACACUCUAUCAUUUGCUAAGAAGGCACUCCGCAGGUUGUCUUUAUCAAAGGACGACGCAGACCCUAGCAACCGGAACAGCAACAACAACAAAAGGUGGUCGAACAGAAGAAUGUCAAACAAACAAACGAUUGGGAAUUACACAGUCUUGCAGACUUUGGGUGUCGGGUCCUUUGGAAAGGUGAAGCUUGCCGUGCACUCGCAGACAGGCCAUAAGGUGGCGCUAAAGAUCAUCGGGCGCAGUAAGCUGGCGCACUCAGACAUGAUAGGACGUGUGAACCGCGAGAUCCAGUACCUGAAGAUGCUGCGGCACCCACACAUCAUCAAGCUGUACGAGGUGAUCACGACAGAAACCGACAUCAUAAUGGUGAUUGAGUACGCCGGCGGCGAGCUAUUCAACUAUAUCGUGGAGCGCGGGCGGAUGAACGAGCGCGACGCCCGGCGGUUUUUCCAGCAGAUCGUUUCGGCCGUCGAGUACUGCCAUCGGCGCAACAUUGUGCAUCGCGAUCUUAAGCCCGAGAACGUGCUCCUUGACCCCUACGAUAACGUCAAGGUGGCUGAUUUCGGGUUGUCGAAUAUAAUGAAGGACGGUGAGUUUCUGCAGACGUCCUGCGGGUCGCCCAACUACGCUGCGCCAGAGGUGAUCAAUGGCAAGCUUUACGCCGGGCCCGAGGUCGAUGCGUGGUCGUGUGGCGUUAUCCUCUACGUCAUGCUCUGCGGCCGCCUGCCCUUCGAUGACGACCACAUUCCGGCGCUGUUCAAGAAGAUCACCUCGGGCAUUUUCUCCAUGCCCGGUUACCUGUCGCAGGGUGCGCGCGCAGUGCUCUCGGGGCUGCUCCAGGUGGAUCCACUGAAGCGACUGACGCUGGCCCAGGUGCGGCAGCACCCAUGGUUUACGACUGACCUGCCGGAGUACCUUAAGCCAUUGCCCGAAAGCACGGAUAUCGAGGGCCUGGCCAAACUCGACGACUCGAUCAUCAGCGAGCUGGAGCGGCAGCUCGAGAUGGAUCGCGCCGCGCUUAUCAAGCAACUGCGCCAGCGUGGCACCAACCCGGCCAAGGUCGCCUACCAGCUGACGCUAGAUAACCGCCAUAUGCUGGAGCAGAGCCGCAAUUCUAACAAACAGGGUAUUCGCAACUUUGCACUGGCGUCGUCACCGCCUGCGGCCUUCCACCUCAGUGGCAGCCUGGGGGCGUCACCCCUGUUGGCUGCGGCGGCAGCGGGUAAACCCUGUGACGAUAGCGAUGAUGAGGACGGAAAUGUGGCGUCGAAUAUUGCUAUUCUGUGCUCUAGUCUGCCGCGGUCGCCUGGUCAUACGCUUGAGUCGCAGAUGUAUAAGAUGCGCUUGCGCGGACCGCACGCUAAUGCGGCCCCACGGGUGUCCUCGCCGCUGGUACCUGUGCCGGCCGCUGCAGUCAAGCCAGGAUCCACGUUGGCCAAUGCCGCCAUUGCGCAACAGCAGCAGCAACAACAGGUUCAGCAAGAUCAGCAAGAUCAGCAGCACCAGCAGCAGCAGCAGGCUGUGGGCUUGGGUGUGCAGGGCAGCCCAUCGCGCACACCGUCCAACUACUUCCGCGCAUCGCUGCCGCCACUAGCCGCCACGCCGGGCUCAUUGGAAAAGUCCAACUCGUCAUCAAUCACCAGCCUGGCGCACGCAUCGCUCAAGGCAUCGCCGGGCAUUGCCAACCCAUACAGCCACCGCAACGAUUCCUCGCGUGCGGUCAGUCCCAACGGCACGCCAACACCCCCUAGCGGCAUGGCACCCAGCCCUCUGGCACGCACCUCCGGCGACGUCGAAAUGGCUGAGCCCCUAGAUCCCGCAACCGAGGCCGCCCAGCGGCGACCCACGGUCGUGCGCAAGCGUGCCAAGCUGACGCGCACGCGGUGGCACUUUGGUAUUCGUUCGCGCUCACCACCUGCCGACGUCAUGGCCGAGGUGUACCGCGCCCUGCAGCAGCUCAACAUGACCUGGAAGCACUUCAACCCGUACCAUCUGCGUGCACGCUACGUGCCGCCCGACGGCACCCUUAAGGAUGCCAUUAAGAUUGAUCUGCAGCUGUACAAGCUGGACUCGCGCGAUAACUAUUUGGUAGACUUUAAGGCGGUUAUCCCGCAGCCUCGCGCGCCCGACGAUGAUAUGGGCGGGGUGGCCACGGCGCCGACUUAUAGGGCGGGAGAGAAUACGCUUAUUUCGCCCUUGCCGCCAUUUAUCCAGGCUGCGCGCAGGCGCAUGUCCACCGCCAUGUCGCCCAAUCAGUUCAGGCCUGGGUCCAUGUACACCGACCAUACGAUGGCUGUCGAUGGUGAUCUCUCUGGUGGUGCUGAGCCGCGGUCCCUCGAUGACCAGUUCCUCAACUCGAACUACCCUAUCCAGCUCCCGGCUGAGCUUCCGGCGACGCGGAUGUCGCCCAUUGUGCCGGCCAACGAUCGUUCGGAGAUGCUCCCCGAACCCGACUCGCUGCCAGCAAAAGUCAUGCAACGGCGGCUUGGUGGUGGCGGCGGCGACAUUUCGUCGCCCUCCAUUGCACCAACUUCAGCCAAUGGUGGCGCAAUGCAGGUGUCGGACUCUGAGGACUACUCGCACCCGGGAAUGAACAUCUCCCAUUCGCUUAGCGCUCCCGGUAUCCCCAUCCCUGGUUCUGUCUCGAAAACUCGGGCAAUGGAUAUUCCCAUGGGCGGCUCGGCUUGCAGCCCCUCUGCCACAAUGAACUUUGUCGGCGGGACUCCGCGCAGCCAGGGCCGGGCACCCGGAAGUUAUAUGCCCGGUAGUGUUGUUGGUCGUGUGUCGUUGGCGCGCACAGAUGUCUCGUUGACUGCUGAUGGUGUGGGCGCAGGCAGUGGUGCUAAUAGACAGUCGCAGGAGCGUGUAGUUAAUAUUUUCCCGUUCUUUGAUGUAUGCUGCAAGCUUAUUACGGAGCUGGCGGUGCCUUCAGGUGCGCCUUCUGCUGCACCACCUCAUGCUUAAAUUCUUAUUUAUCACAAUAGUAUAGACCCUUAUUGUAAUCUAUUUUUCAAUGUGCAAUGUUGAAUUAGUAGUUUAAUAAAAAA